AUGCCUUCACUGAGCAGCAGCAUCCCUCAACGCCGCCGACGGUCUGACGCGGAGGACGACGAUAUCCAUUCUGCGUCUGCGUCAACGUCUUCCCCCGCCCCCACCCCUGCGAGCAACAGCAAACGACCCAGGAUAGAGUCAGACCGUGAAUCUUCCGAAGAAACGCCCCAAUCAGAGUCCGAACGCGAAAACGAGGAACAAGAGGACGGUAGUGAGGAUGGAUCCGAGCCCGCGUCGUCUAGCCAGGAGAGUGAGAGAACAGGGUCAGAUCAGAGUCAGGGGCCGAGCCAGAGCCAGGGUCCUUCAAGACCGUUGGCGAUCGGGCAGAAUGGCGUGCGGACGCAAGGAACGUCGCAGGAGGGGUACAAGCCCGGAGCUAUUGUGCGGAUCAAAGUCAAGGACUUCGUGACCUAUACGGCGGCCGAAUUCUUCCCUGGUCCAAAGCUGAAUAUGGUUAUUGGGCCGAAUGGAACGGGCAAAAGUACGCUUGUUUGUGCCAUCUGUCUUGGGCUAGGAUGGGGGCCGACGCAUCUAGGACGCGCGAAAGAAAUCGGCGAGUUCGUCAAGCAUGGAUGCAGAGAGGCAACAAUCGAGAUCGAGCUUGCUCGUGGCCCCAAUCACCGCGUGAACCCCGUCGUGACGCGUACCAUCAAGCGAGAAGGCAACAAGACUUCUUACACGUUGAACGGGAAGCCAGUUACAGGGAAGGAGGUGCUCAGGCUUGCCCAGUCGUUCGCUAUUCAAGUCGACAACCUAUGCCAAUUCCUUCCACAGGACAAAGUCAGUGAAUUCGCUGCUCUUACACCGAUAGAGCUCCUCAACUCGACUCAAAGAGCGGCUGGCGGAGCAAAGAUGGUAGAGUUGCACGGGAAUCUGAAGAGUUUACGGGCAGAGCAGAAGAAACUCGAAUCGACCAACCAACACGACAAGGAACAGCUUGUGAAUCUUGAAAACCGACAAGAAAUGCAACGCGCUGACGUCGAGCGGGUGCGCCAAAGAGCACAGAUCGUGCGAAGAAUUGAACUACUGGAACAGAUUCGUCCAUUGGUCGUGUACCAAGGUUUGGUCAAGGAGUUGAAGGCUUUGCGGGAUGAACGAGAUGCUUCUCAACGCGAACUUGAAGUUCUUGAGGCCCAACUGAAGCCUGUGAUGAGAUCCAGUGAGCAGAAGAAGGAGUAUUGUAUGCGACUAGAUGCCGUGGUCAAGCACAAACAGCGUGCUAUUGAGAGGGUAGACAGAGCGGCGAUGGAAAUCAACAGGAAAAUCGAGCAAUCCGAAGAAAGCAUGAAGCAACUGGAUGCCGAGUUCGAGGGCGAGAAAAAGAGUGCUUUGAGAUCUAGGACGGAAGGGGCCAAGAUUAUUCAGAACAUCAAAUCUCUCAAGCGGCAGUUGGCCGAUGAACCUGUGGAGUUUGACGCAGAUUGGUACAAUGAACAGAUUAGAGAGAGACGACAUGAGAUGCGAGAAAUUGAAACUAAGGCGAAUGAGAUUUCUGAACGUCGACGACCGCUUCAUGAGCAACUCCACGAAACAAGCAAUCGACUGAAGCAGAGCGAGCAGCAACUGAAGAACCUAGAUUCCCGCGCCGGGCAACAAGAGAGGAAAUUGCAAAACGUCUCCUCCGAUUCCCACAGGGCUUAUCAGUGGCUCUUAGAAAAUCAAGACAAGUUCGAGAAGGAAGUAUUUGGGCCCCCGAUUGUCACCUGCUCUAUCAAAGACCCCAAAUAUGCCGACCACGUUGAGUCAUUAUUGCAAAAGUCGGACUUUACGUUCUUUACGGCCCAGAGUCGAGCAGAUUUCAGGACGUUACAAAGACACCUUAAUAAGGAAAUGGGUCUCCAUGAUAUCAGUAUUCGGACUUCUACUAUUCCACUAGCCAAUCUCCGCUCUCCAAUGCAGGACCAUGAGCUCAGGGAUUUGGGCUUUCAAGGCUGGGCCAAGGAUUUCAUUGAUGGUCCAGAACCUGUGGUUGCAUCGCUGGUUAGCGAAAAGUUGCUGCAUCAAACGCCGGUUAGCCUAAGGGAUAUUUCCGAUGAAACUUAUGCGACUCUGGAGCGCGGCUCGGUCUCUUCUUGGGUUGCUGGUAAACAGUCUUACCAAAUCACUCGACGGCGAGAGUAUGGCCCCGGGGCUACGUCUACACGCGUGAGACAAGUACGGCCAGCCAGGAUAUGGACAUCCCAACCUGUUGAUGCAUCGGCAAAGGCCGAGCUGCAACGAGGGAUUCAAGAGCUCAAAAGCGACAUGCAUGAGAUUCAGGAAAGGAUUGAGUCGGAUAAGGCACGCAUGUCUCAGCUGAAAAGUCAGAUCGAAACUGCCCGGGAGGACAGGGACAAACUCGAACAUGAAAAGAACACUAAACAAACCGCCUACACUCUAUACAGAGCCCUCCCAGAAAGAAUCCGCCAGCAGGAAACCAGGAAAGAGGCUCACGACGCUUCUUUUGCCAAGAUCAAGACCAAUUUGAUCAAAAUCCGCAAUCAGCAGGAUAAGUUGUCAGUUGAGAAGGCUGUUGCUGUUUCUAAAUACGCGGAUGCUGUUGAGAAACUCCGUGAAGCACACGAGGAAAUGAUUAAAUUGUCGCUAUGGAAGAUCGAGGGAGUCUCGGACUGGGAAGCUCUGAAACUCCGCAAUCGUGAAUACGAGGACAGGCUCAACGCAAAGAGGGACGAGCUAAAGCAAUUACAAGAACAAGUCCGAGAAAAGUCAGCAGAAUCCAGGAGAAUGGAGAGAGAGACAAGGCAACUUUCAAACAAGGCGAGAGAGGAUCCCGACUUGCAAGCGAUAGCAAGGGAUGCGGUAGCCAACACUCUAAGUCCGGAAGGACUGGACGCGGAAAUCGACUCAGAACAGGCCCGCCUCGAACUCACGCAGGGAGGGCCGAGCAAUGUGGUUGAAGAGUUCGAAGAGCGUGAAAGGCAAAUCAACAAACUUCGCAGGAAACUCGCCGACUUCGAAACAAAGCUCAAGGACUUCAACGACGCCAUCGCCGAAGUCAGAGGCAAGUGGGAGCCCGAACUAGACGCCAUCAUCCAGAACGUCAGCGACGCAUUCUCCGACUCGUUUGCCCGCAUCGGCUGCGCCGGUUCAGUACAGCUAGACAAGGCAGGCGAGCCCGGGCCUGACGGGCAACAAACCGACACCGACUUCGACCAGUGGUCCAUCCAAAUCUGGGUCAAGUUCCGCGAGCACGAAAACCUGUCUCUCCUCGACUCCCAUCGCCAAUCUGGCGGCGAGCGAGCCGUCAGCACAAUCUUCUACCUCAUGGCCCUCCAGUCCCUCUCCGCCUCGCCGUUCCGCGUCGUCGACGAAAUCAAUCAAGGUAUGGACCCGCGCAACGAACGCAUGGUCCACGGGCGCCUCGUCGAAAUCGCCUGCGCUCCAAGCAGCGAGGGCGGCGGCGGCGGCGGCCAGUACUUCCUGAUCACACCGAAGCUGCUAAGCGGCCUCGUCUACAAGCCCGGCAUGAGGGUUCUGUGUAUCGUCUCCGGCGAAAAUAUGCCCGAAAACCCCAACCUCAUCGACUUCGGCACGGCCGUGCGAAACAGACGCGCUUUCAUUGCGCGGUCUAGAGGCAGGGGAUCCAUAGCUGGCACUGGCCCUCGGUCUGUGGCUACUUAG